CUAGGAUUUUUUGGUGCUGCCAAAGCUUCGCUAUUGGUGGCCCUCCUAAUUCUUCUCUUGAGCGGCCAUGGCGGAGGGGAAUCCUAAGCCUCAGUCGGGAGUUUGGACGACUGUCAAGCCUUUUGCCAAUGGCGGCCUCUCCGGCAUGCUCGCCACCUGCGUCAUCCAGCCCAUCGAUAUGGUCAAGGUUAGGAUCCAGCUGGGGCAGGGGUCUGCUGCCCAAGUGACGAAGAACAUGCUUGCCAACGAAGGCUUUGGCUCAUUUUACAAGGGGCUGUCAGCUGGUUUACUUAGGCAGGCUACUUAUACAACUGCAAGAUUGGGUUCCUUUAGGGUGUUGACAAACAAAGCUGUUGAGGCUAAUGAUGGCAAACCACUACCGUUGCUCCAAAAAGCUGCUAUUGGUCUUACUGCAGGAGCAAUUGGAGCAUGUGUUGGAAGCCCAGCUGAUUUAGCCCUCAUCAGGAUGCAAGCUGAUGCAACUCUACCAGCAGCUCAGCGACGCAAUUACAAAAAUGCUUUCCACGCUCUAUACCGUAUCAUCUCGGACGAAGGAGUCCUGGCUUUGUGGAAAGGUGCAGGUCCCACCGUCGUUAGAGCAAUGUCACUUAACAUGGGUAUGCUUGCAUCGUAUGAUCAGAGCGUCGAGCUGUUCAGGGAUUCCCUUGGCUUUGGCGAAGUUAGCACUGUGCUUGGGGCAAGUGCUGUUUCAGGGUUCUUCGCAUCAGCUUGUAGUUUACCAUUCGAUUAUGUGAAAACACAGAUACAGAAGAUGCAGCCUGAUGCCAAUGGGAAGUAUCCCUACACUGGAUCAUUGGACUGCACCAUGAAGACCUUAAAAUCUGGUGGUCCUUUCAAAUUCUACACUGGAUUUCCUGUUUACUGUGUGAGAAUCGCUCCGCAUGUCAUGAUGACAUGGAUAUUCCUCAACCAAAUUCAGAAGCUCGAGAAGUCGAUAGGCUUAUAGAACUCUAGUGUAUUACUGGAACAAUAUAGAUACAGUUUGGUGGGCUGGUUUGGGUAAGCAACAGCCUUCCCAUCUGCUUCAUUCACAUUGCAUUCCAGAUUGUUUAAGUCGAUACACUUUUGUAUGCUGUUUUGAUUUUAGUUUGGAUCGUUUAUGAAGAUAAUUAUGAUGGAUAAUUCAUGAUUAUAGUUUGUAUCUGGGAUUGUAAUUGAUUAUUAAACAUAAUCAGGUAUUUAAGUGCAACUCAAAGGUAUUUCAGAUCUUCUUUAAA